AUUGACAUUUUUGAAACUUGGUUAACAAUAAUAAAAUAAAUUUAAAAAUAUGACUCGUUUAGCAAUUUGUAAACAAGCCAUUGCGACAAAUACCAAGUUUUUCACAAAAAGAAGUUUUAGUUCGUCCGGUUUAGAAGCCAAUUCCUCCAAAUAUUAUGACAUAGUAAUUGCAGGAGGCGGAAUGAUCGGGUGCUCUCUUGCAUGUACAUUAGGAGCAAAUCAAAAAUUGUCUAAUAAGAGAAUCCUGCUUUUGGAAUCGUCCAAAAACAAACAGUAUAUCCCAUCCGAAAAGUAUAGUAAUCGAGUUGUAUCCAUAAACCCAGGCAAUAAAAAAUUAUUAGAUAAUAUCGGUGCUUGGAAGCAUAUAGAAUCUAAUAAAUAUGCUACAGUUAAAAGACUACAGGUCAUGGAUGCAAUAUCUGACACUUCUAUAACAUUCGGAGAAGAAACUUCAUCUAAAGAUAUAUCUUACAUCGUUGAAAAUGACCUGUUGAUACAUGCAGUCAAAACAGAAAUGGAACAAGCCAAAAAUGUCGAGGUACAAUAUAAUCAAAGAAUAAAAAGCUAUAAUUUGCCCAAAGAAAGUGGUGAAAUGGCCAAAAUUUGUCUAGAAGACGGGUCGGAAUACACUUGUGAUUUAUUGGUUGGUUGUGACGGGCAAAAUUCGCAGGUCAGGAAAGCGAUGGGUGUGAAUUAUUUGAAUUGGAAAUAUGACAACGUUGGAAUCGUGGCAACUCUUAAAUUUAAUGAAGAAAUUGAUAACUGCAUUGCUUGGCAGCGUUUGUUACCAACUGGUCCCAUAGCUUUGUUACCUCUCACCAGUAAUAUGAGUUCAUUAGUUUGGAGCACAACAAUAGCACAUUCUCAACAACUAAUGAAGCUAUCGGACGAGCAAUUUGUACAAGCCGUUAACGAAGGAUUAUGGAAAGUUUACGAACGUUACGGCAUCGUUGAUCAACUGGUUAAAUCAUUCGAUUCCUUCCUGCGAGCUGCGAAUAUUCCUGCAGACGUCUGCCGCAGGUACCCGCCUAAAAUCCAAUCGCUCGAAGAAGGAAGCCGGGCUAGUUUCCCUCUGGGUUUCGGCCAUGCCACGAAUUACAUUUCAAAAGGGGUUGCUCUCGUCGGAGAUGCUGCGCAUAGAGUGCAUCCUUUGGCGGGGCAAGGUGUGAAUUUGGGAUUCGGAGACGUGCAGUGUCUGAAUAAAGUGUUAGGCGAAGCCCAUUACGUAGGAUGCUCGUUAGGUAACGUUUUCUGUCUCAAAGACUACGAGAGCGAACGGCAGAAAUACAAUGUGAAAAUGAUGAUCGCCGUGGAAGGGUUGUACAGGUUGUAUAGAACAGAUAGUACCCCUGUUGUAAUUGUAAGAAGCUUGGGUUUACAAGCUACCGAUGUUUUGUUUCCGAUUAAGAAUAUGAUAAUAGAAGAAGCAUCCACGUGAAUUCUUCACAAAAUUGUGAUAUUAAAGGUACUACUUAAUGUUAAAUAAAAAAUGUAUAUGUUUUAAAUAAAAAUACAAGGGAGGCCCA